AUGUCUGUCUUGUCUCCAUUUACUCCAAUCAAUAUCAAGGAACCUUCAUAUCAGACGUUUAGAGGCAAGGGCGACCGCUCUAACACGCCGCCUCCAGCACCCAAGACUUCUGCCCACUAUCCAGCAGACCUGCGCCCUACUAUUCUGACUGCUCAGAAACACCCCGAUGCUGUUGAAGUCGUGAAACAGGUCAAUGAAUUCUUCCUCCAGAACUGGCCAUUCAGGACGGAGAAGCAUCGGAGACGUUUUGUCGAUGAAGGUUUCGCCUGGUUCGUGUGUCUUAAUUGCCCCUUAUCGCUGGAUGAGAGAAUGCACUGGGGCUGCCGGCUCCUUACCAUUGGAUUCCUGAUUGAUGACCUUCUCGACUCAAUGUCGGUUCAAGAGGGAGUUGCCUACAAUUCCAAGGUCAUUGAAUGCGCCCGGGGAAGCAUACUUCCCGACCGCGAUGUGCCGGGCCAGUGGAUCAUGUACGAUCUCUUCGAGGGAAUGAGAGCCGUCGACAAGCAACUGGCAGACGAGCUCCUGGCACCGACCAUAGACUUCCUAUGGGCGCAGGUGGACGGAAACCGAAUCAAGCCAAUGACCCUGAACGAAUACUUUGACUAUCGCGACGCCGACCUUGGCAAAGGGUUGCUGACGGGAAUCAUGCGCUUCUGCGCGGGCCUGUACAUGACGGCAGAAGAGCUCGCACUCGUGAAGGACAUUGAGAAGAACGCCAUGAAACACAUAACGUUCGUCAACGACAUCUGCAGCUUCGAGAAAGAGGAGCUUGCCGCCCAGAACGGGUUCGAACUUGGGGCGCUCUGCUCCUCGGUGCCUAUCGUCAUGGACAUGUACGGCGUGAACAGGGAGAAUGCCAUACGCAUCAUGUGGGAGACGGUCCGGGUCUGGGAGGUGCAACAUUUCGAGAUGGUAGAGGAGAUCCGGAGGCAGAAUCCGAGCCCGGCCCUGGCCUUCUACUGCAAAGGUCUGGAGCGGCAGACGGCUGGAAACGAGCUGUGGAGUCUCCUGACACCGCGCUACAACAGGUCCGGGUCCGUGGCUUUUACUGAAGGUCGUUGA